GGCGACGGUAGGGUCAGACCCAGGGUCCGGUAUGACCUAUAGGCCUUAUACAGUGCAGGGGAGAGCAACAAUGGCAGCUCGAACUAGGGGCCAAGCCAAGGUGAGUGCUAGCCAGGAACCUCCUCGAAAAGAGUCUGAACAAGAACGAAGGAAAGAGGCUGUGGAGGUUGAGAAGGACGAUGACGAAGAUGAGGAAGACAAAAGGCUCCAUCAGGAAGAGGAUAGGCGAGCAAAGCAGAGGGCUAAAAAGAGAGGAGCCCAAGAAAAAAAGGUCGAGUCAAUUUUGCGCGAUGUAGCGCCGAAGAAAAAGAAGUAUGCAGUUCGGUUGGACGAGGGUUUUGACAUGGAACGGAUGGUUGAUAGGUUGCUUGAGGGUCACAAUGACCUCAUGAACCUAAACGAUAUCCUGGUCUCUGCUCCGCGACUCCGUGAUGGGCUGAAGGGUAGAUUGUCGCGACGGGUUGUGCCAAACGUCCAUCUUAGUAUGAUCCUGCCGAAGGAAGCAGAAUGGGCAGAGGCAGGGACUAAGAUGGACUGGAAGUAUGUGGCCUGCGAGAUGGUGGACUUAGUGGUGAAAGGAUUGAAGUGCACGGCGAUGUUAGAUACUGACGCAAAAAUGAAUAUUACUAGGGAAGCUGAUGCACUUAGGCUAGGGAUGGAGGUAAACCGCUCAGACUGUGGCAUCUUGCAUGGUGUCAAUUAUAAGGCGGUGUUUUGUGGGACGACUUCAAAUGUGGUCGUCGAGGUUGGCAAGGUGAAGGCAAUGACGUGUUUCUUUGUCAUGCCUGAUGUGGAUCAUGCCAUCCUUUUGGGAGAUCGUUCCUAUGCAGGACAGAGACCUUAAUCUUCAACAAACACGAUGAAACGAU